AUGAAACAAUUUUCAUCAUUUCAUUCACGACAUCUUCCUUUUAUUGUUCGAAUAGCAACUCGAAACAAAAUGCGUUUGUUUAUUGCUAGUAGUUAUCAAUGGCAUCGUCAACGACUUGUUGUUAAUCCAACAUUUUCAGCUGCAAAACUCAAACUCAUGACAGCUUUGGUGAAUGAAUGUAUCGAAUCAUUUAUGGACAAGUUAUCAGAAAAAUGUGAAGAACAAGCAGAUUGUAAUAUUUAUAUAAUUUACAAACAAUUGACUAUGGACGUAAUUUGUAAUCCUUCUAAAAAUAAUUCUGAGAUGGAUGAUAAUGAUAGUGAUGUUAUGUCGAAAAAGCUUCAAUAUGAAGAAGUCAUCAGUAAUGUAUUUUUGUUUAUGAUCGCUGGUUAUAAAACAACAUCGACGGCACUCACCUAUUGUACGUAUAUUUUGGCAACACAUUCAACCAUUCAAGAAAAACUUCGUGCAGAAAUCGACGAACAGCAAGACAAAUAUGGAAGUGAUUAUGAUCGAGUUCAUAAUAUGAUCUAUCUAGAUUUAUUUAUACGAGAAGUCUUACGAAUGUUUCCCAUUGCACCUAAAGCUGUAUCGAGAGAAUGUAAUGAAACAACAACUGUUUGUGGUUAUGUCAUAGAAAAAGGAAGUGCCAUUCAGCCAGACGUGCUCUCACUGCAUUAUGAUCCAGACUUAUGGGGUUCUGAUGAUCCAAAUUUGUUUGUACCUGAACGACAUUUGACUCGGCGACAUCCAAUGGCAUACAUGCCAUUUGGUCAAGGUCCAUGCAAUUGUGUUGGAAUGCGAUUUGCUCCAAUGGAACUUAAAUUGUCUUUGACGCGUCUUCUUCAUCAAUACAUCAUCUUGCCUGAAAAACAAAUUCAAUCAUCAAUUAUUGGCAAUAAGUUUGAAACCAAACUUUCGGAAAUCGAUACAGCUAGUAAUGAUGGCUAUCAACAACCAAAUGCUGACAAAUUACCAUCACAACGAUCAAUUGAUGCUAAUCGCUAA